CAGACGAGGACUCUAACAUCAUGUAGGCUACAUUUUUGUUAAAGCCAUUUAGUCAUCGAUCUAUUAUGAUUAUUCGAUACAAAGUAUUCUGGGAUAUGAAGAAAGUUCGACAUAAUGAAUUCUGAAGAAGAAUGCAGCGGACUGAGAACGCCGUGGAGAAAUAAUUGAAGUGAACCAGCGGAAAGAAUCGAAUGGCUUCUGUAGAGCUGCUUUAUAUAGAUAAGGAAGGAAGAGGCAGACAACCCGUUCUUCCCUGCGUCCUUGACUGGGCUUCCAAUCCGGUGCAUGUUCGUAAAGCUAUCAGUUCAGCCGAAGGGGCGCUCUCUAUCUCAGCUCCGGGCUGCAAAGGACUGUGUAAUUCAACACCAAGGACGGUUCCCCAUAACGGAGGUCCGCAUCCUAAACACCGUCACCCUGCGGUGGAGAAGGUCAACGUGUGCUGCGACGAAGAAUUAGAUACAUCUUUCACCUACGUCGACGAGAAUGUGAAUUUGCGCCUGGCAAGCCCUGUGAAAAGUGGGGAAAGUAUCCACAAAUCCUGGUGUAGGCCUAAUGACUGUGCGAGCGACAUUCGGCCGGAGGGGUUGCAUGAGCUCUCUCUAAUGUCAGAUGAUCUCGCAUCAGAAAAUUCGGGGGCAUCUGUAGAUUACGGUUUUAUAAGCGCGGUCACUUUCCUAGUCACCGGGAUCUCGUUAGUAAUUAUAUCCUAUGCAGUCCCUCGCGAGGUCAAAGUGGACCCGGAGAGCGUGUCCGCGAGGGAGAUGGAGAGGCUGGAAAUAGAAAGUGCCAGGGUAGGGGCACACCUGGAUAGGUGCGUGAUAGCAGGGCUUUGCCUACUGACGCUGGGCGGGGUAGUGCUGUCCACUCUGCUAAUGAUAUCUAUGUGGAAGGCAGAGAUGUACAGGAGAAAAGCCUUUGCAUAUUCCAAGCACUCGGGGAAACUGUAUGGCUCCAUCAUUUUCAAAACUAGAUCUAGCCCUAGUCGGUCGUCCGCGCACCUGUCUAUGAAGGAAGAGAUAGAUGAGACCUUGAAUUAAAACGCUAUCCUGUUGAGAAACUACUUUGCCUUGUGUUACUAAGACAGAGCAACACAAUACAGCAUGAUGCAGGUACUCCAGACCCAAUGCGUGCAACCUGAACCCAUCAGUCGGUCUGCCUACAGAUCAUUAGCUUAACUGUUAAAAUAUUAAUUUGUUUUAAUAUUCAAGGUGAUGAAAUAUUAAUUGUCUUAUACUAUUAUCUCCAUAUAAUUGAAUGGACAUGCAAGGUAUAGGCUUAUUUAACCAGGUAAGCAAAUUAACAAAAUGAUACAGAAUGAAUAAGCAUGACAACAAAAAUUCUGUUUUUUUUAAGAACUUGUUAUUGGAAAUGGAAAAUGCUGGGUCACAUUAUUAAGGUGAUACGUGUUUUAUGUGAAAGUGUCUGACAGUCAGUAAUAUGAUGCAUACACAUAUGUUAAAGGGAAACGUCUCUGUCCCAUGAGUUUAGAAAGUGAGAUGUAUUAGCCUAGUCCAGUGCACCAUAUCAAAUCUGAUAGGACAGAAUCUGCUCAGUGGUGCACAUGCUAACAUCCAAUGACCUUUUUUACUUCCUCAAUGUGGGUGAGCAUAAUUCCCACUGUGGUUUCGCACUGUGUGUGUAUGGAGGGGGGUCACUUAAUCACACAUGAAAAACUUUGCCCCAGUUUAUAAAGCUGCACUGUGCUGUGCUGUGCUGUACUGCACUGUACACUUCAAAGAUCCUACUUACUUCUAAUGUACUGUACCUGCAGUAAAUGCAAUUAUCAUACUUGAAUGAUCACGCAAUAUGAGAACUCACUGGAUCACAAUAUAACAAUGUAAUUAAUAUGUAUCUUUAAGAGAAAUAGGGUUUUAAUUUAUAGGCUAGGCCUACGCUACCAAUGUUUUUAUUAUAGGCUACUAAUGAACAUACAUCCUACAACACUCUAAACCGUAUUGUAUUCCUUUGAGAAGUCUCAGAUAUGCCUUUAAAAUGUUACUGGAAUUGGGAUCUGUUUCUUUUAACAAACCAGAAAUGAUGGGUGCAACAAAAACAGAAAGUGUUCUAUUCAGUUCAUAGAACUGUUGGUUGAGAAUGAUUUUCUUUAUGGUGAAGUGAGACACAUCGCCACUAUAAUUUGCAAUCAUCUCUGUAUUGUAGGCCUACUACAGUAGCCUAUAAGACAAGAGGCAUCAAAGGAAACUUGACACCUUGAAAAUGGUUCCAUCAUUGCUCCACCUCUGAUUUCAAUUCUUCUAAGCCGUUAUUCAGAAUCACAAGUGUUUGCCUCCAGGGAAAAGAUGCUCUUUGGUUAUCACUAGAAACAGCUAAUUCAUGUUGUCAUUUUGUGGGGCAAAUUCAUUUUGUUGGCUAUUAAUUACGCUUCCAUUCGCUUGCCCUCAUCAUGUGUUUUCCAUACUGUUCGAUGAUGCAUAUACGGUAAUGGAAUCAAAUAUACACCCCAAGAACUACUGAAACAUGGUGAGACUGUUGUUACUUUAACUGUAAUGAGACCCUAUCUUUUGUGACAGUUGCGUAGUUAUGGCUAAUGUAUGGUACCAGUAGUACUACAGAAAAAUACUGGUAGUGUAACUAUACAGUAGCAGACUGAUGGUGAAACAUAAACUCUUCAACUCACUGCAUUACUUUAUGCCUGUCCUAAGUACCUUUAACAUCACACGACCAAGCCUAGUUGGAUUAGAUUUUUAGCAGACGCUCUUAUCCAUAGCAAUUUACAGUAACGAGUGCAUACAUGUUCAUAUUUGUUUGUGCUGGUCCCCAGUGGGAAUCGAAACCACAACCCUGGCAUUGUUAGUGCCAUGCGCUACCAACUGAGCUACACGGGAUGGCAAGUUUAUCUCAAUCUAAAUACCUCCAGUGGAAAAGCACUUUCCUUGUUCCCUCUUCCCUUUUCACUUCUAGGAUGCAUCCCAAUAAUCUCUCCUUUAUUUUGAAGUGUGUACUUCCCUUAAUUGAUUUGACAGGAAAUGACAGUCAUAAGAAAAUCCUCUAGCCCAUGUCUACACCAAUCCAUGGCUUUUAAAUUUGUGGGGAGCAGUGACCGGGAGCACAACUCAGGAAGAAGGAGACAUUAUUGGGACAUACUCCUUAUUCUCUGGUCACAGAGGGGUAUCUGCACCAGAGAAACAGGGUGUUUUGGUAGUUAAAGGAGAAUAAAGUGCCAAAUCAGAGAACUUUCCGGAAAGUUAUUUUUAAAAAUAUAUAUUUCUGUACAUCCAAGAUGAAUAUGUUUGGAAGCAAGGAGAUGAAGAGGGGAGAGGCCACAAGAUGCAAGGAAAGAUAAUAGAGAAUGCUAUCUCAAUUUCGAUUUGCUCGAUUCCUCACAUCCUCUCUCUUUGCCAACUCGAUUCCUCCCAUUCUAUCUCUUUGCCUUCCUCCCAACCAUAUUGGAGGAGAAGGUCUAAGGUCCCUCCCCUCUGACUUUAUUCUCCAAUACAUUUUCAAAAGGAGGCGAGGUGGAGGAUGUGAGAGAUCCCUUCCUCCUUGUUGACAUAGAGCUGUACAGCUCCCACCAUACCUUCAUCUCUCUGCCAUCCAAAUGUCUCUAAGGGAUUUUGAUCAGGGAUUUGCUCAGUGCAACAGCAUUUUACAAGUCAAGCUCAAGUGUGUUUCCAGAGGUUUCAUGCAUAAGCUCUUUAUCCGUGAGAGAGCGCUUCACAGCUGAGACACACCGAUUGAUAUUUUGUAGGUCCCUGUGAAGAUCUGUCCAGGUUAGACAGGAUCUGAGACAAGAGAGAGGGGCUGAGCUGCCAUUACCAUUCAUUUCCCAAGUGUACAUGCUAACGUGCUGUCAUUUAUGUUAAUUUACCAGUGUUUGUGUGUCUGCGUGUAUGUGCGUGUGCAUGUGUCUGUGUGUGUCUAUGUGUGUGUAUGCAUGAAUGGGAGUUCAUGCGCAUGAGUAUAUGUGUGUGUGUGUAUCUGUAUGAGGGUGAGACAGGCAGAGCUCCUUUGCUCUGCCAUACAACUGAUUUCUAUGGCUUUUGUGAGGUGAGCUCAGCCCUUCAUCUCCGGCGUUAUGGUAAGAGACUCAGGAAAAGUUUCCAUUUGUAUUCAUUACUCAUGAGGGGCACACACUCCAGGGACGUGACUUUGCUCAUGGCCACUCUCACCAGCCUUACUCAGAGGGCGUAUUUUUAAUAAGAGUACACAAUUCAAUUUUUCUGGAACGUUUACAAGCUGUUAUUUAGAUUAGUUAGAGUAUUUUAUUGUAUUGUGAAUUUAGUCCAGAAAGCUUCUUGCUUAGAAUACACCACUAUAAGCCCUCCCGUGUUUUAGCAUUUAGAAUGCGAAACAUCGAUUUCCAUUGUUCAGCCCAUGUUUGCAUGAAAUUAGUUCUAAAGCUCUUUGGAAAUCCAGGUUCAUGUUGACAUGGCCUCUUAAAGCACACCUCAUUUUGAAUUGUACCGGAACCUCUAUGCCCUUCUAUUUCAGAAUACCCAGUGGUUCAGCAAUGUAUUAUACGGCGUAUUAGAGAGACAUUCUUAGAAUCAAAAGGCAACGCGUGCAGCUCUAUGUCAAAUCAAUUUACACUUCUACAACUUCUGGUUGUCUGUGUUCUGCAUAAUUGACAUGGAGGCGGUCGAGGGUAGCGGCACUCUGUCACUCGCUCCGUAGCCAAAUGCACUGAGCUCUUUGAGCUGCAUCAUCCCUCAGCCCCACAAUCAAAUCUGUCACAGUCAUUUCCUGUGUUGUCCUUGGCACUUCCAAUCACUUUCUUCUACAGCUGAAACUAUCAGUCGGCCUGCCUCCUUCUGCCUACUCUGUGCUGUGGCAUCUAGUCCAAAAGGAAAUUAGGUUAUUGUUUUGGUCAAUCUUAACCACUUAACCAAUGUAAGCAAAAAGGAAAUGCCAUGGUGAACAUGUGUGUUUAUUUCAAAUGCUGAAGGAGAGUAGAAUUGCAAAGUGGGCAAAUUGAAAAUUGGAUGAGCAGUAGUGUAAUACAGUAUAUGCUGUUUACUACGACACUGGCCAUAAUAAUCAUACCAGUGUGGUGGUUAAAGAGUACCGUAGGAAUUCAUGUGGAUAUAAAAGCCUACUUGUAAAGGCCAAAAUGCAAUAUUGGUACCAUUUGUGACACUUAGCAUACAGUGUCUUUGGAAAGUAUUCAGACCCCUUGAC